AAAGUGAAACGAAUGCAUAGAUUCUACAUCUGAAGAAAGCAAACAACUUAGAUUAGACAGACAAAAAAAUAAUAAUUGCUGCUCCUCUUUUUAUUUCCAUUAACCUUCGCUCCUCCCUGUCUAAAUAUCUUAUCUUCAAACUUCGGUUGACAUUUUUCAUUUGAAACCUCGAUUUACUGGAUUUUUCGAAUCGUUGGAGGCAGUAUGAGCAAAGGACGUACGAACUCAUCACCGGAUUUAACACCUCUUGCAACUAAUCUGGACAAUUGUGAUCCUUCAUUAAUCUUACAAGGUUUGGCAGCGAAUGUAAAGUUGCUAUUGAAACUAAUCGAGGAUCAUAAUGAAGCGUGCACGAAAGACUUCGAUGACCGCAAAAUGCAAAGAGUUGCAAGCAUGAUCACAAUUCUGGAUGAAGUCAAAACCCGAAUUCAAAAAUCACAAAAUUUUGGUAUUAAGAAAAGAGAAGCAGCACUAAGACGCUGCAAUACAGAACUUAGAGCUAACCGCGGAUCAUCACCGAAUCGGAGGCUACUGCAUGAACCUUCAACAGAUGAAAAAGAAACCCUGAAAAGAGAGCUCAAUGCAUGCACAAUGGCGCGGAAAAGUUUAGAAAGAAUGUUUUCAGGACUGGGAAAAGAGAAGGAAAUAAUGGCAGCCGAACUUGCAAGGAAAACUCACGAACUAAACGCAAUUGAGGAGCAUGUGAACGAUCUUAAAGCUCAGAACGAGUCAUUGUUAGCUAAACUACAAGCUUGCGCGGUCGAACACAAAGGAAGGAACCAGUCUGGACAAGGAGAUCAUCAUAAUUUCACUAAAGAGGACAAUGUAGACUUAGAAAAGCGUAACAAGACACUUUCAGAGAAUCUCGUUAAGUCAUUAGACGGAUAUCGAUCCUUAAAGAGGAGACUAAGAGAGGCACAUGAAGAGAAAGAGAGGGUGAAUGAGAAAAUGGAGGAGAUGUCUGAACAAGCUGAAAUCGGCUUAAACCGCAUCGUCGGCCUACAAAAAUCCAUUGCCGAGCUAAACGAAAAUUCACCAUUAGAAAUCGAAUACGAGCUAUCUGCAUUAGAAGAUAUAUUUCGACGCUUUGAAGCAUUAAAGAUCGCAAGUAGAUGUGCCAAAAACCUCAAUGAAUAAUUCUGGCUUGACAUUUUUUUGUCUAGGAAGACAGUAGGAGCCUAGGAGGUCACUGUUCUAGAAGUUUGCAUUAAUAUCUGCUAUCUAUGUUUCUUAAGGGUUUACAUGAACAUAGUCGGAUUUACAGAUUAGAGAUAUCUGUUGUGUGUAGGAUAAGGAUUUGGUAAAUUCUCUCUACACAGAAAGAAUUUAGAUUGCGGGACAACUGCCUGGUCGUCGAUUUAUUUUUUAGUAUAUGAUCUAACGGAUGACAUGUAUUUUAUGACUGGCCGACCGCCCGACGUAAUUGGUUUUGUUUUAGGAAAUUAUACUCUCUCUCUAUAUAUAUACACUUUUCUUUUGUUUUCC